GGGGCCCUGCAGGCUUCAGUCAUCUCAAACAUCGUGCUGAUGAAGGGCCAGGCCAAGGGCCUGGGCUUCAGCAUCGUUGGGGGACAGGACAGCAUUUAUGGCCCCAUUGGGAUUUAUGUCAAAACCAUUUUUGCAGGCGGAGCAGCGGCAGCUGAUGGCAGGCUACAAGAAGGUGAUGAAAUUCUGGAACUCAAUGGUGAAUCCAUGGCCGGGCUCACGCAUCAGGGCGCUCUGCAGAAGUUCAAGCAAGCCAAAAAGGGGCUGCUCACGCUCACAGUUCGCACCCGUCUGACGGCACCCCCUUCCCUGUGUGGCCACCUGUCGCCCCCACUGUGCCGCUCCCUGAGCUCCAGCACCUGCGUUGCCAAGGAGGGCAGCAGCCCUUUCACCAUGGACAGCCCCACGCCUCCAGCCAGCACUGCCAAGCCCAAUUACAGAAUCAUGGUGGAGGUGUCCCUGAAGAAAGAGGCCGGCGUGGGCCUGGGCAUUGGCCUGUGCAGCGUCCCCUACUUCCAGUGCAUCUCGGGGAUCUUCAUCCACACGCUCUCACCGGGGUCUGUGGCACACCUGGAUGGCCGGCUGAGGUGUGGCGAUGAGAUUGUAGAGAUCAAUGAUUCCCCUGUGCACUGCAUGACACUCAAUGAAGUCUACGGGAUCCUGAGUCACUGCAGUCCCGGUCCAGUCCCCAUCAUUGUCAGCCGGCACCCAGACCCCCAGGUCUCGGAACAGCAACUCAAGGAAGCUGUGGCUCAGGCUGCAGAAAAUAUCAGGUUCGGAAAGGAGAGACACCAGUGGAGUUUGGAAGGUGUCAAGAGGCUGGAGAGCAGCUGGCAUGGGCGGCCCACCAUGGAGAAGGAGUGGGAGAAGACCUCGGCCCCCACACUCCGCAGGGCACAGAGGGCCAUGGUCCGCUCCAGCAGCGACAGCAGCUACAUGUCGGGGUCCCCGGGGGGCAGUCCCUGCAGCGGCAGUGCUGGGCAGCAGCCAUCCUGUCCUGAAGGCAGCACACACAGCCCAGGCCUGCCGCAGGGGAGCCCCGCUCUGCCCAGUGGCCUGGAUGGCCACUCGCCUCUGAGGCUGAAGAAGUCCUUCGAGAUCCUAGUGAGAAAGCCCACAUCUUCCAAGCCUAAGCCUCCACCCCGAAAAUACUUCAAAAGUGACAGUGAUCCCCAAAAGAGUCUGGAAGACAGGGACAACUCAGGACCUUCUGGGCACGGCUUGCCCACCUGUGGCCAGGAAGGCAGCGAGCUACUGCCACUGCCACCGGAAGACACCACGGGGAGAGCCCCUUGCACUGCUGCUGUCUGCCCAGGACCUGGAGUCAGCCCUCAGGCCCCGUCCUCCUCAGAGGUGACACCAGGGUCCCCCAGCAAACCCCGGCUGCUGAAGAGGCAGGCUCGGAUGAACUGCAGCUUUGACACCACCACUGAAGACCCUUGGGUUAGAAUUUCUGACUGCAUCAAAAGCCUAUUCAGCCCCAUCAUGAGUGACAGCCAUGGCCACAUGCCACUACAGCCCAGCGUCAGCCUGGGUGAAAAUGGCACACAGAGUCUCCCGGAUGGAACUCCAGCCAGGUUGGAAACCUCCAAUGGUGCACCCAGAGUUUAUAAGUCAACAGACAGCAGCAAUGUGAAGAAGGGGCCCCCUGUGGCCCCCAAGCCAGCUUGGUUUCGUCAGAGCUUGAAAGGCCUAAGGACUCGUGCUGCAGACCUGAGACGGCUUCCUGACUCAGCCUCAUCCACUCAACAUAUUCCUGCUUCCAGGGAGUCUCCCGAGCCACUCCCCCGGGCCACUUCCUCCAUCAAGCAGAGAAUCAGCUCCUUUGAAACCUUUGGCUCCUCUCAGGGGCCUGAUAGAGGUGUCCAGAGACUGAGCCUCCAGUCCUCCCCCAAGGAGACUCCCAGGCCCCCUGGGAAGCAAGAGGGAGGCCGGGCUUCUGGACUGUUGGUGCGAGAGGCUCCGACCUCUGCCGAGCACAGGCAGCCAGGGCAGGAACCAAUGUCUCUAGGUUUCCUUGCAGCCUCAGAGACCAGCACCACGAGUGUGGCCACGUCCCUGCCCAUAAGGCAGCAGCCUGCUCUGAAAACUGUCUCCACGGCCCCUGACCCUCUCACGGGACUGCUGGGCACACAGCGGGAAGACACUCCAGUUCCCAUCCUCAAGAUGCCCAGUCAGCGAGCACGGAGCUUCCCCCUGACCCGGACCCAGUCCUGCGAGGCAAGGCUGCUGGACGAGAAGACCAGCAAGCUCUACUCCAUCAGCAGCCACGUGUCCUCGGCUGUCAUGAAAUCCCUGCUGUGCCUCCCCUCCUCUGUCUCCUGCAGCCAGCCAGCCUGCAACCCCAAGGAAGGGGAUGCUCCAAAGCCACUUCCUGGUGAAGACUCUGCCACUGGCAGCUCCGAGUCUGCAGCCGUGGACACCGGGUUCUCCCUCAAUCUUUCAGAGCUGAGAGAAUACACAGAAGGUCUCGCCGAGCCCAGGGAAGCCGAGGAUGGGGACCACAGCUCCUCUCAGCCCAGCCAGUCAGUCAUCUCCCUGCUGAGUACAGAGGAGCUGGAGACACUCAUCGAGGAAGUGAGAGUUCUGGAUGAAGCAACCUUGAAGCAACUGGACAGCAUCCAUGUCACCAUCCUGCACAAGGAAGAAGGUGCCGGCCUAGGGUUCAGCUUGGCAGGAGGAGCGGAUCUAGAAAACAAGCUGAUCACGGUUCACAGAGUGUUUCCAAAUGGGCUGGCCUCCCAGGAAGGGACGAUUCAGAGGGGCAGUGAGGUCCUUUCUAUCAACGGCAAGUCCCUCAAAGGCAUGACACACAGUGAUGCCCUGACCAUCCUCCGCCAAGCUCGCGACCCAAGACAAGCUGUGAUUGUCACACGGCGGAUAAUGCCAGAGGCCACACCAGACCUGAACUCCUCCACUGACUCUGCAACGCCAGUUUCUACAGCCAGUGAUGUUUCUGUGGAGUUAACUGCAGAGGCCACGGUCUACACAGUAACCCUGGAGAAGACGUCUGCAGGGCUGGGCUUCAGCCUGGAAGGAGGGAAAGGCUCCCUGCACGGAGACAAGCCUCUCACAGUCAACAGGAUUUUCAAAGGGGCCGCCUCAGAACAGAUUGAGCCAGUCCAGCCUGGAGAUGAAAUCUUGCAACUGGCUGGCACGGCUGCGCAGGGCCUCACGCGAUUUGAAGCCUGGAACAUCAUCAAGGCUCUUCCAGAUGGACCUGUCACAGUUGUCCUCAAGAGGAAGAGUUUCCAGGCCAAGGAGACAGCUGCUGAGGACCCUAAGGCAGGGAGGGUGCCGAUGCAGAAGCCAAGCUAAGCCGAGGCAAUGCAUGUUCCACAAUGCCGAUUCUCAGGGUCUCUGCUGCCCACUCCACCAGGACUGGGGGAAGCCCAGGGAGUGUGUCUGGUCUUCCAGAACGUGGCUGUUCAGGUCUGGACCUUUUGGGACACCACCCACAAGAAGACUGGCCCAAAGUAAGGACAGGGUCACACUGGGGUGGCUGAUACAAACUAUGGACUAUACAUAGGGAGCUCAGUGCUGAUGUCAUAGUGCCAUAAUAAAAUGCAUAGAUUGCAGUCUGAUAGGUCCAUGUCCUGCUCUGCGACUUCUUACAAGUACUGCAACCAUGUCACCAUCCACUGGCAACGGCAACUUCAUUUUUUUUCUGAGUCUGCCAUGUGGCAGGAUUUGAAGGGACAGCUUAUCUCUAUGCCGCUUGACCCCUAGUGGCCAAAGCAAGGCUGGGGCAGGAGCCACGCAAAAGACCAUCUCCCCUCAAGCAGGAGAGAUUGGGCUAGUGCCUGGGAACACAGCCUUCCCCUGGACGCUGGGUUAGAGCCAGCCUUGACAUGCUGAGAUUAAGGGGAGAGGAAUGUUGCCUGGUCGCUUUGAAGAACAUAGCCUGUCACACAAAACAUUGAGAAAUCUAUGUUUAUUUGGGUUGGAAAAGUGAUCAGUUAGGUGGUGCCGGGUGAUGGAUCCAGGAAGCCAAGAAGCCUGCAGGUAAAGCUCUAAGUGUGUAUGGGUGUGCCGGGAUGGACCAGCACGAACACGAGUAUGAAGGAAGAACUGUCGCCCACAGCCACCACAGGCCAUGAACUGCGUGGUGUGUUAAAUGGGUGGCUUGCCAGUCAUGCAGCUGCUACAGCAGGGAGCUCUGUGUCUGGGUAUUAAUGCCCACAGAGGACUGGGGAGAUGGCUCGGUGGUCCAGGCACCUGCCUGGCAAGCGCAAGGACACAGGUAUGAUCUUC